AUGGAGUUGGCGCAGGGAGAGCAGAAAGUCUCGGAUUCGUGUCAAGCCCUAAAGCACAGCAUGGAGGCAGUGGUUGAGGGCAUCAAGAGCAAGCGUGAGAAGCUAGAUAAUGUGUUUCUUGGACUGGAGUUGCGUUUGCAGAGCUAUAUGGGGAAGCUAGAAGUUGUUAUUGAGCGCCUGAAGUUGUCCUGCUCAGCGGAUGGGAAGGAUGAGAAGGCAACGGCGAAAGGCUCUGACGUGUUGAAGCUGAACGUGGGCGGUGACAACGCGAGAGACACCCUCACCGCCAUCGAAGGCUCGCGCUUGUCGCAGAUGUUUGGAGGCCGCUGGGAUAAGGUUCUGCCAAAGGACAAGAGUGGCAGAUUCUUCCUCGACCUGGAUCCACAGCAGUUCAGGGCUUUGCUCUCUUGGCUGGUUGAUGUGAAGCGAACUCCGCCAGGAUCACUUGAAGAAACCGAGCCCCCGGUCGAAUCGUUGCCGGAAGAGUUUCGCCCUGGCUUUUUGGAUUUGUGCCGCCUCUUGUGUUCACGUGAUGAUUUGGAGAGUGAGAGCAAGAAAGCAGAAGAAGAGGAUACGGCAGCUUUCUCGGAAACGCUCAAGACUUUGAGGGAAGCUUUGGAUUCUACGAUCAAGCAGGGCAAGAUGGAGAUGGACGAGUCCCAUGCUGACCUUGUUGAAAAGGUAAUGGCAGUCGCUCAGGCAGCUCUGGACUACGAGUGCACGACUCGUAGACAAAACAGGGUGCUUGAUGCACAGCAGAAGGCCGUAGAUAUUGAGGUGGAUUUCAUGAGACAGUUUCUGGGCCGCGGCACUUCUGGCGAGCGUGAAGCGGACAUCAUUCGCCUGAAUGUGAGCGGAGUGGUUCUGGAGACCUUCCGAUCAACCUUGCUAUUUGAGAGUGAGUCCCAGUUGGCUGCUAAAUUUGGAGAGGUUGGUCGACCGCCCAGACUGAAUUGUCACAAUCAACCAGCAGGCUUGGACCAUGCAAAGUGA